AUGCUACUAACAACAGAGUUCAGUGAAUCUGCAGAAUCAGAUAACAGUGAUGGGGAUGAAGAGAUUAAUGUGGAAGAUCCAAUUAGAAUGCUUUUCGAAAGAGUUUUUGUAAAUGACUCGUGGACAUGUGUAUUACCAAUUGAAAAUCCAUAUUACUCAGCGGGUAUAUAUCCUGAUAUAUGCUAUAAUUGCGGUGGUGCUGAAGAUUUGAAGACAACAAAAGGUGAACUACCUCUCUGUGUUAGAUGUGAUGGUGUCACUACACCAAAAAAGCGGCUUAAAUGGAAACAAGGCAGCAAGAAAAAGGGAAACAAUGCU